UGUUUAAUUUUCCCUUCAGACGUUUGAUGCAAAUGAUUUGUAUCAGGGGCAGAAUUUUAACAAGGUCCUCAGUUCCCUAGUGACUCUAAAUAAAGUGACAGCAGACAUUGGACUGGGAAGUGACUCCGUGUGUACGCGGCCCUCAUCUCACCGGAUCAAGUCUUUUGAUUCCCUCGGAUCCCAGCCUUCACACAGCCGGACUUCAAAAUUGUUCCAGGGCCAGUAUCGAAGUCUGGACAUGACGGAUAACAGCAACAGUCAGCUGAUCGUCCGGGCGAAGUUCAAUUUCCAGCAGACCAACGAGGAUGAACUGUCCUUUUCAAAGGGGGACGUCAUCCAUGUCACGCGUGUGGAAGAAGGAGGCUGGUGGGAGGGCACGCACAACGGCAGGACGGGCUGGUUCCCCAGCAACUAUGUGCGCGAGAUCAAGCCCAGCGAGAAGCCUGUGUCUCCCAAGUCAGGAGCGCUGAAGAGCCCCCCCAAAGGAUUCGACACAGCCGCCAUCAGCAAGAGCUAUUACAACGUGGUGAGUGUGUGCGGGACGCACAGGGCAGCAUGCAGGGAAGCCGGCUGGAGCGUCACCGGUCUGCUGGACCUCACCUCCGUCAGCCUGCACAACAGUCGCGGCGACACUGCGGGGCCUGCUGCCUCUCCGAGGGCGCUCUGGCGGGCUAUGUCUCCGCCGUUCCUUUGCUGA